AGAAAGUAAGGGUUAUUAAAAAAAAUUUACAAUAUAAUCCCAUCUUUCUAUCUACAUCCAAAGAAGGAAGUUUAGCUCUCAGGAUUAUAAGACUAGAACCCCAGUGCCAUGCCUAGGGCAGAGUUCCUUAGAACAUAGUACUUAUUAUCAAUUCUAAGAUGGACGGUAAGGGCUUAAAAAUAAAGAGAUUUUUUCAAAAGAGCUAUAUAAAUUUCAGAUUGGUGGCUGAAGAGAAGGAGUAUGAUACCCUACCAGGAACUCUCCUCAUACCCACACAUUCUGGAAUCCCUGCUGCUGUAGCUCCCACUUUCCCUGCCUUGACCACUGCAGAAAACGCCCCAGGGCCAGAGCGGGGUUCCCCAAACAGAGGGGUGAAUGAGAAGCCCACCAGAGUCUUCUUGGGCUUAAAUUUUUCUCUUCUCCCCCCACCCUCGCCAUGGACACUGUCUGACUCAGUUUCCCCAGGGGCUUGCUGUGCUUGUCAGACAGGACUCUUCAUAGUGCUCCUCCCACCCCUCCACCCUCCCAGGUCUUUAUGUUCCAGCUGCUCCGAGGUCUCUCUUACUGCCAUCGACGGAAGAUCCUUCACAGGGACCUGAAGCCCCAGAACUUGCUCAUCAACGAGAAGGGGGAGCUAAAACUGGCGGACUUCGGCCUGGCUCGGGCCAAGUCAGUGCCCACCAAGACUUACUCCAAUGAAGUAGUGACCCUUUGGUACCGGCCCCCUGACGUGCUGCUGGGCUCUACGGAAUACUCUACUCCCAUCGAUAUGUG